CGCCCCCACCUUGGACAGACCCGGAAGCGGCCGCUGAGCUCCUGGGGGGAAGAUGGCGCCCUCAGGGCUGAAGGCGGUGGUGGGGGAAAAGAUUCUGAGUGGCGUCAUUCGGAGCGUGAAGAAGGAUGGGGAGUGGAAGGUGCUCAUCAUGGACCACCCAAGCAUGCGCAUCUUGUCUUCCUGUUGCAAAAUGUCAGACAUCCUGGCUGAGGGCAUCACCAUUGUUGAGGACAUCAACAAGCGGAGAGAACCCAUCCCCAGCCUGGAGGCCAUUUAUUUGUUGAGCCCCACGGAGAAGUCGGUUCAGGCCUUGAUCGCAGACUUCCGGGGGACCCCGACCUUCACUUACAAAGCAGCACACAUCUUCUUCACCGACACCUGCCCCGAGCCCCUGUUCAGUGAGCUGGGCCGCUCUCGCCUGGCAAAGGUGGUGAAGACGUUGAAAGAGAUCCACCUGGCCUUUCUCCCCUACGAGGCCCAGGUGUUCUCCCUGGACGCCCCCCACAGCACCUACAACCUCUACUGCCCCUUCCGGGCAGCGGAGCGGACACGGCAGCUGGAAGCACUGGCCCAGCAGAUCGCCACGCUCUGCGCCACGCUGCAGGAGUACCCGGCCAUCCGCUACCGCAAGGGCCCGGAGGACACGGCGCAGCUGGCCCACGCCGUGCUGGCUAAGCUGAACGCCUUCAAGGCAGACACGCCCAGCCUGGGCGAGGGCCCCGAGAAAACCCGCUCACAGCUGCUGAUCCUAGACCGGGCCACAGACCCCGUGUCCCCGCUGCUGCACGAGCUCACCUUCCAGGCCAUGGCCUACGACCUGCUGGACAUCCAGCAAGACACGUACAGGUACGAGACCACGGGGCUGAGCGAGGCCAGGGAGAAGGCGGUGCUGCUGGACGAGGACGAUGACCUGUGGGUGGAGCUCCGCCACAUGCACAUUGCCGACGUGUCCAAGAAGGUCACGGAACUCCUGAAGACGUUCUGUGAGAGCAAGAGGAUGACCACCGACAAGGCCAACAUCAAAGACCUGUCCCACAUCCUGAAAAAGAUGCCGCAGUACCAGAAGGAGCUGAACAAGUAUUCCACGCACCUGCACUUGGCGGACGACUGCCUGAAGCGCUUCAAGGGCUCCGUGGAGAAGCUGUGCAGUGUGGAGCAGGACCUGGCCAUGGGCUCUGACGCCGAGGGGGAGAAGAUCAAGGACACCAUGAAGCUGAUCGUGCCCGUGCUGCUGGACACGGCGGUGCCGGCCUACGACAAGAUCCGGGUCCUGCUGCUCUACAUCCUGCUGCGGAAUGGCGUGAGCGAAGAGAACCUGGCCAAGCUGAUCCAGCACGCCAACGUGCAGGCCCACAGCAGCCUUAUCCGCAACCUGGAGCAGCUAGGGGGCACCGUCACCAACCCCGGGGGCGCAGGGCCUUCAGGCCGGCUGGAGCGCCGGGAGCGCCUGGAGCCCACCUAUCAGCUGUCCCGCUGGACCCCGGUUGUCAAGGACGUGAUGGAGGACGCCGUGGAGGACCGGCUGGACCGCAGGCUCUGGCCCUUCGUGUCUGACCCUGCACCUACGCCCAGCUCCCAGGCCGCCGUCAGCGCCCGCUUCGGCCACUGGCACAAGAACAAGGCGGGCGUGGAGGCUCGGGCCGGGCCCCGGCUGAUCGUGUACAUUGUGGGUGGCGUGGCCAUGUCAGAGAUGAGGGCCGCCUACGAGGUGACCCGGGCCACCGAGGGCAAGUGGGAGGUGCUUAUCGGCUCCUCCCACAUCCUCACCCCUACCCGCUUCCUGGACGACCUCAAGAUGCUGGACCAGAAGCUGGAGGACGUGCCCCUGCCGUGACCGGGACCCUGACCCUGACCCUGACCCUGUCCAGAAAAAUAAAAUCUUCCCCGCUCUCUG